AAAAAGUAGGGGAUAACUUUCUUCGUUUAUUUAAAUUUUCUGGAAACUAGUUGUUUCCUGAGAACCGUUCAAAAUGGCACCCAAAGUUAAUGGCAUAAUCAAAGUGUAUGAACCUUUACCUCUGAGUGAUAUUAAUGCCGAUAGGCAAAGAAAUCAAUAUACUUCGGAAUUGUUGCAAAGUGCUUCUCAAAAAUUAGAUAGCGAUGCUACCGGUCCCAGAUUCGGUAAAAGGCAUGUCCAGAUGAUUGUCUACUUUCUCCUCAUGUUCACUUCUUUCUGUGUAAGAGUCAAUAUGUCUGUUGCGAUCGUUGCGAUGACAGAUCCUAACGCCAGUAUAAAUAAAGAUAUUCCAACUUACAACUGGACCGACAAAAAUGUCAUUCAGUCGUCAUUCUUCUGGGGUUACAUCUUCCCUCAAGUAAGUGCAGGAUGGUUAGCAUCAAGGUUUGGUCCCAAGUGGUUUUUGAUAGGUACCAUGGGAGUAACUUCUGUGGCUGGUCUCCUACUCCCAACGCUAGCUGCAACAUUUGACUCAAAGGGUGUCAUGUUCUGUAGGGCACUGCAAGGAUUCUGUCAAGGAUUUGUUUUUCCAUCUGUACACGGUUUACUAGCCAAAUGGGUGCCGUCGCCAGAAAGAAGUCGACUAGGAACCUUCGUUUAUAUAGCUUCCCCCGUUGGAACGGUGGUAUGCAUGCUACUAACAGGCUACAUAUCUGCUGGAUGGUACGGAUGGCCAAUGGCAUUAUACUUGUUCAAUGGAUUGGGUUUGGUUUGGUGCCUCAUGUUUGCAUAUAUUGGGUGUAAUUCCCCAGCUGUCCACCCAACAAUAUCCCGUGAAGAACGAUUCUAUAUCGAAAACAGUCUGGGGCAACAAGACUCGACCAAAAAAAUUCCGACGCCCUGGAUCAAAAUGAUGUUAUCAGGUCCAUUCUGGACACUAAUAAUUACACAAUGUGGUUUUGUAUGGGGUUAUUGGACAUUGCAAACUCAAAUGCCCCUUUAUAUGAGUGGAGUUAUGCAUUUCGAUAUAAAGUCGAACAGCCUAUUGUCUUCUCUGCCAUAUUUUGUCCAAUUAGCUACGGGCCCACUAUUCAGCUGUUUAUCUGAUGCAAUGAUUAAUAAAGGAAUUUGUUCCAUUGCAACGACCCGAAAAAUAAUGAACUUCUUUGGAUUAUUUGUACCAGGAAUAGCUCUAGCUAUAGUUGCGAAUAUUCGAAUAGAUCAACCUGAAAUGGCAGUAGUUCUAUUGGUUUCGGCAGUUGCAUUCAACAGUGCUUGCAUGAGCGGUUUCAUCGUGAACCACAUGGAUUUAUCUCCCAACCACGCUGGCAUUUUGAUGGGUAUCUCAAACGCCAUUUCACACUGUUGUGCAAUAAUGGCACUAUUAUUUGCUCAAUAUGUGGUUACUGAUGAGGGAAAUAUAGCCCAAUGGAAAAUUAUGUUCUAUUCUGCUGCUGGAAUCUAUAUGGCAGUAACCAUUCUGUUUUUCAUUUUUGGAUCUGGAACAACACAACCAUGGAAUGAUGAAGAAGAAAAACCAAAAUCUGGAGCUUGACUUAUCUCUGUUAUAUCCUCAACUUCAUGUGUUCUAUGGAUACUUGGACGAUCGAACCUCAUCUUGUAUCUACGUUUGUUUGAAGGUGGUUGCAAUGUUUCAUUGUGAAUUUCAUUAGUUCGGACUUCCAUUGUCUGAUAUGAUAUA